UCUCGGUGACCGCAAUCAGAGGCUUACUUUGCACGUUGAACAACGCCUGUGUGCCAUUGGACCACUCGCCAAUGUAGUGGCCAUGGUUGCCGAACGCUUGUUUAAAGCCGGACUGUACUCCCGCUCCCCAAACCUGAAUAGACAUCACAAACCAAAUACCCAUCAUUUCUUUUCCAAGAGGAAAUCAGAACAAGAAAAAAAUGAAGUCCGCUCCUCUCUUCAUUGCUGCCCUCGCUCCCUCCCUUGCCGCUGCUGGCAUCGGCCACUCAUGGUCCUUCUCGGGCUCACCCGCUGCUGGCAUGCAAGACGUGACCUUUGGCUUUGAUGUGUCCAAUGCCCAGCACAAGCGUGGCUACUACUACGCAAAUCAGUUCAACUUCCAAAACGUCUCAAGCGUCAGCUACACCGGCGUGCAGCCCCAAGAUGACAACAAUGGUCAGGCGUACAUCCGCGGCGUCUUCUCGUCCUUCCAGAAGGGCACGACAUCGUCGCACCCCAACUGCAGCGAUGGUGCGGAUGGCGGUGCUGGCGUCAGCUGUGCCGUCCAAAUUCCCGUGGACAACUACUCUGGCCGCUUCGACUGUGUUAUCGAGAACAUUGGCGGAACCAAGUGGCGCGGGACGCUCGUCAACGCUGAGACUGGUGUAUCAGCCGUCAUUGGCGAGUUUGUACAGCCCGCUGGCGCUGGCGGCAUCAAGAAGUCGCAGGUUGGCUUCUUGGAAUACUUCCUCGCCAACGGAAACCCCAACUUCAAGUGCAGCGACCCCUUUACGACCGAAGUCAGCUACUACUACCCGACAUCCAACACGGAGGGUGCUGGUACUGGCACCAUUGCUAAGCCUUACGAGUACGGUAGCUGCCAGGGCGAGCAGAACUUUAAGACUACCAGUGGCAGCAACUACUGGACCAUCAACAGCGGCUUCUAG